CAACAACAUUUAUUAUAUCAAUGUUGGCAUAAAUAUGUGUUCCCAGAAUUUUCCCACGAAACAAAAUCUACACUCCAAAAUACAAAAUCUACAAGUACUAUUGUAUGGCAAGUCCAAUUUAAAUCGACGGCGGAGAUUGAAUCUCUAAAUCUGACGGUCAGAAAAUAUUGGUAAGCUUCCAAAAACCCCUUUCCCAAAAUCUCUUACCAAAAAAUUCGCUUGCAGCCGAAUCCAAUGUGAAAUCUCAUCACCGCAUUAGGACCAUUGUACUUUCGCCUUUAUGACUUGUACAACGCCGUAUAGCUGAACUAAUCCACACCGCCAUUGACAUCGAUUUUCCAUGGAAAUUUCUCCCUUCUCUCUCUAGAAAUCCUUCGUUUCCAAGCAAUGCGAUCAGCGCAGGGGGAGGAGCAUUCUUCUGCCGCGCUUUGACCAUGGGCUGCAACGCGUCCAAGGAGGACGACCUGCCGCUAGUGGUCCGCUGCCGCGAGAGGCGGGAACUCGUGCGCGCCGCCGCCAACCACCGCUACGCGCUCGCCGCCGCCCACGUCUCCUACUUCCGCUCGCUCAAGGAGGUCGGCGACGCGCUCCGGAAGUUCGUCGACGAGGAGCUCGUCACCGCCGCCUCCUCCUCCGAAUCCUCCUUCUCGUCGCCGUCGCUCACCCUGCCGCCGAGCUCGAAGAAGAAUCGCGGCAAUGGCGGCGAAUCUCCCUUGCAUUUGCACGAUGGCGACAGCGGCGAGGAUAACGAGUCGCAUUUGCAUCUAUCGGAUUCUUCUUCUGAGGAAGAUGACUCCGAAGAUCACCACCACCAUCAACACAGCCAUGGACAUGGCGGCUUCGAUGGCAAUGAUCCGCAUCAGCAUCACCACAGCAACCGCUCGGAAGAGAAAGCUAGGAAUUUAAAUUUAAAUAAUGAGGAUGAAUAUUCGUCUCGUUUCCCACACGAUGCUUACAGUGCGUAUAAUAACGGUUUUAUAAGUGACCCGUUCGCGAAUCCGAAUCCGUAUCCUUAUCCAUAUCAGUACCCGAUGCCUCAGCGGGAGCCGUAUGCGGAUCCGUGGGACCCGCAGGGGGUGCCGCCGCCGGCGGCGGUAGCGCAGCCUUGGUUCUUCUCGGGUAACCCUAACGUGUAUUACAUGAAGAAAUCAGCUCCGGCUGCUAAAACGGUGGUUCAGGAUCCACCAGCGGAGCCGGCCUACGGAUACUCUGAUUCGUACUGGACUUCUCCGGCGGGCUAUGGUGGUAAUUACGGGUAUUUUGCGGCGGGUUCGCCUGCAAGGAUGGGUAGUAGAGAGGGUGGGAGAGGGAAACCGGAGAGGGAGGCGCCGCCUCCGCCGUCGCCCAAGGCGUCAGCGUGGGAUUUCUUUGAUCCGUUUAAUGCGGUUGAUAGCGGGUACGCUGGAUAUUACUCGGGUGGCGGGUAUGGAUAUGGGUCGAAUUAUAGCAGCCCGGAUUCGACCGAGGUGAGGGAGAGAGAGGGGAUUCCUGAUUUGGAGGAAGAAACUGAGAGUGAGGCGUAUAAGGAGGCUCUUAAUGGGGGCAAAAUGAGUUCUGCCGGGAGCAGCCCUCGCUCUAGAUCUAAGCCGCGUAGAGAUAAUGAGACUAGUUCGAGGUCAGUGCCGAUGCAUAAGAGCGAGGGUAAUUUCAGAUCAAUGCCGCCGCAGAGAGGUGAGUUUACCUCACGAUUGCAUAGAAGUGAGGAUAUUUCAAAAUCAGGGCCAUCUAGCAAAAGCAAGGGUAGCUCUAGAUCAGCUUCACUGCACAAGAUUGACAGUAGUUCGACGUCUAUGCCUUCUUGGAGUAGUGAGGAGAGUGUGAAACCAUCCAUGCCACCACAUAAUGAUGGGAAUUAUUCCAAGCCAUCAAUGUCAGCCCCACAUGGUGAGGGGACAUCGUGGGUAGAUGGAGAAAUGACGAGUUCGAUUAGUUUAACGGAUGAUAAAAGCAGCUCGGAUCAUAUAGUGGUGAAGAGUGUGGAUGAGGGUUCUGGCAAGAAGAAAGGGGUGACAUUUGAGGUGGAGGAGACAUCAAAGCAGGAUGGUGAUUCUUCAAAGUUGAGUAGUGUGGCUUUCUCUUCACCUCGUGGCACACGGGAUCUGCGGGAAGUUGUUGCUGAAAUUAGAGAUGACUUCGAGACAGCUUCUAGUUAUGGAAAAGAGGUAGCCAUGAUGCUUGAAGUUGGGAAGCUGCCUUAUCAGCCUAGCUUGCUAAAAGUAAUGAUGUCGCGGCUAUUGUAUCUUAUAAAUCCGUCAACGUCAUUAUGGGAUUCUCCCUCAAAGCAAUCUGCAAAAUUAGCUUCCAGCACAGUGAAGUUGGCAAAGUCUUACUUUGAAGAUGUUGGGAAUGAUGUAAACUUGAAUGCUUGUAAGCUUUCAUCUACUCUGGAUAAGCUAUAUGCUUGGGAGAAGAAGUUAUACAAGGAAGUAAAGGAUGAAGAAAGAGUUCGGGUCAUGUAUGAGAAGCAGCACAAGAGGUUAAAAACCUUAGAUGAGGAUGGAGCCGAAGCUUGGAAGAUGGAUGCUGCUCGGGCUUCUAUCAGAAGAUUACUAACAAAGCUUGAUGUUAGUGUCAAAGCAAUUGAUUCCAUUUCAAGCAGAAUACACAAGUUGAGAGAUGAAGAAUUGCAACCCCAGCUUGCUGAAUUAGUUCAUGGGCUUACUAGAAUGUGGAAGGCAAUGCUUAAGUGCCAUCAAAAGCAGUUCCAAGCUGUAAUGGAGAGUAGAAUGCGGAGGCUCAAAUUAAAUAUUGGAGCAGAUUCAGGCUCACGGGCCGCUACUGAGCUUGAAAGGGAGCUUCGUGCAUGGUGUGAACGUUUUAAUGAUUGGAUUCGCUUUCAAAGGUCUUAUGUUGGGUCCUUGAACGAGUGGCUUAUUCGUUGUCUUGAGUAUGAACCAGAAGAGACUCCUGAUGGACCCGUUCCCUAUUCCCCUGGAAGGCUUGGAGCUCCUCCCAUCUUCAUAAUUUGCAAUGAUUGGCACCAGGCAAUGGAAGCCAUCUCUGAGUCGAGGGUGGCAAACGCCAUGAAUACUUUUGCGUCAAGCUUACAGCAGCUAUGGGAAAAACAAGAUGAUGAGGGGCGUCAAAGGCUGAAAGCAGAGUAUCUUUCAAAGGAUUACGAGAAACACCUUAGAGCACAUCGUGUGGAGAGGGGGAAAACAGAUCGAGAUCAAGAUGCAAUGUCGGAUAAAACUGGAUUGUCCGUGAUCCCAUCGGAUAAUAACAGUGGGGUGUCGGUUCUGGAUGACCUGAAGGUGGACUUGGAUUCCAUGAAACACAAAUUGACUGAAGAGAGGCUAAAGCACAAGGAUGCUAUGAAACUAGUGCAUGAUGCGGCUGCUGGCAGUUUAAAGGGCGGUCUAGUCCCGAUUUUCAAGGCUUUGGAGAUCUUCACAUCAGAAGCUGUCAAAGCUCACGAACAUGUCAGGUUGCAGCCACCCAGGCAGGCUUAACGAGGUGCUCCACGACUAUAGCAGUUGGUGUACUGUUCAAGCAGUCGGUGAUGGAACAUGUAAAUUAUCCAGUUGCAGCAGCAGAUGAGAUGGAAGAAUUUUGUAGCCAAUUCGUUUAGGCAACUAGGUUUAGUCCAGGGCGUGCCAGCCGGAGAUGGUCGACCGAUAUUCUUUGUGGAGACCUGCAGAUUUACAUCAGUCGUGGUACGCCCUUUUGUAGCCAACAAGUAGAGCUUUUUCUUAGUUUUGUACAGAGAUUUCAUUUAUUUAUUGAUUGUUGGGUUUCUUUUUUAAA